AUGGCCACCUAUCCUGAAAGCUGCUUGGAAGCUACCAUGCUGAACUUCGUCGCAGAUCUCUCUUUGGCCUCUCCGAGACAUCCUCUUCUCUGCGACUUCCCGCCUGGGGUCCCUUUUGGGGAUGGAACACUGGGGUUCAGAGAGAGAAGAGCCAGGAGACUGUCGCAAUUUGAGGAAACAGACCAGGAGGAAGAGGGGGGAGAAGUGGUCUAUGUGGACCGGGAGGAGGAGGAAGAGGAAGGAGAGGAACGCGGGAGAGUAGCAUCCUUGCUGGGCCGUCCCAAAAGGAAAAGGGUCAUCACCUACGCUCAGCGUCAGGCGGCCAACAUUCGUGAGAGGAAGAGAAUGUUCAACCUAAAUGAGGCGUUCGACCAGCUGCGCAGGAAAGUGCCCACCUUCGCUUACGAGAAGAGACUGUCUAGGAUCGAGACCCUUCGCUUGGCCAUAGUCUACAUUUCCUUCAUGACGGAGCUCCUGCAGAGCAGCGAGAAAAAGGAAGUCCGCUAA